AUGGCGAGUUUCGCAGCUCCGGUAUCCUCCAUGGAUGCAGCUGCAGCCCUUUGCCUUGUGCUUAUUCUAGCAACCACGACUUCCUCUCCUGUCUAUGGGCAACAACCCAGCAACGGUGGGUGCAUCACAGAGGAGAGGGACGCACUGCUGUCUUUCAGAGCUGGCAUCAGAAGCGAUCCACAGAACCUCUUUUCCUCUUGGAAUGGCCCAGAUUGCUGCCAGUGGAGCGGUGUCAGGUGCAGCAACAGGACAGGUCAUGUCGUCAAGCUUGACGUCCGCAACGAUCUCUUCUUUGACGAUAUCUAUCAUAGCUGGUAUAGUGAAAAUCCUCAUGGGAUGCGUGGGAACAUAAGUUCUUCCUUAGUUGCUUUGCAUCAUUUGGAGUAUCUAGAUCUGAGUGGGAACUAUCUCGGUGGAGUGGAUGUGCCCAUACCCGGAUUCUUGGGCUCCCUCCAAAGCUUGAGAUAUCUCAACCUCUCCUGCAUGGAUUUUCAUGGUAAAGUGCCUCCUCAACUUGGUAACUUGUCCAGACUGCUAUAUCUUGACCUCAACAACAACUGGAAUCAUAAUUCUUAUGGCAUGAUGUUGCACAUCGAGGAUAUCUCAUGGUUGUUGCGUCUCGCUUUGCUAAGGUUUCUCGACUUGACUAGUGUGAAUCUUAGUGCCAUUGGCAAUUGGGUUCAAGUGGUUAACAUGCUAUACAAUCUAAGAGUCCUUCGUCUCCGUCGUUGUGGACUUGUUUUUCCACAGAUACCUACUGUGCAUUCUAACCUCACAUCACUUCAGAUUCUUGAUCUAAGUGAUACUGGGUUUCAUACCAUCAAUCCAACCUACUGGUUCUGGGAUGUUGGCACCAUCAGGCAUCUUGACCUUGCGAAUAAUGAAAUUGCUGAAGCAUUUCCAGAUGCCAUGGGAAAUAUGACUUCGCUUGAGGUACUUUGUCUUGGAGGCAAUCAUCUCACCAGUAUAAAGCCUGAAGUACUGGGAAACCUGUGCAAUUUGAGAGUGCUAACACUCUGGUCAAAUCUGAUCAAUCAAGACAUUUCACAUUUUUUACAGGGGUUGCCUCACUGUGCAUGGAGUAAGAUGGAGUUGUUAGACAUGUCUUGCACGAAUGUCGCCGGGGAAAUUCCAAGGUGGAUAAAUCAGUGGACUGAUUUGAGCACUCUUCAACUCUCCUCCAAUAGGCUUGAAGGAUCAGUGCCUUCAGAAAUUGGUACGCUUGGCAAACUCAGACAGUUGUAUCUAGACGGCAACUAUUUGAACGGUUCUGUAUCAGAGGAACAUCUUGAUACUUUAGUCAAUUUGGAGGAAUUGGACUUGUCUUACAACUCCCUACACCUGAUGAUCAGCUCAAAUUGGAUCCCCCCCUUUAAAUUGCGCCGGGCAUAUUUCCCACGUUGCAAAAUGGGACCUCAUUUUCCUCUAUGGCUAAAAGGGCAGAAGGGUGUUGUUUUUCUUGACAUCAGAAAUAAGCGGCAGGUUGCCAAGGACACUUGA